CUAAUUAUCUUUGCUUUGCAACAUUCUCUCUAUUCUUCUGACAAAAUACUGUCAUUCCUCUAAAAUCGACAAUUCCUAAUUACAAACAAGUAUGACUUCGCCAACUUCUAAUAAGUCUAUCAACAUCACGUCUCGUGAGUCUACGACCUCCACAUCCCCUACUGGCAGUAGUAGUACUCGGUCUGCCCACAGUUCUGCUGCUUCUUCCCCAAGGCCUAGGCGUGGUGCCAACGGUAAGAGCAGGAGUCCGGUAGCGAGGAAGCCCCAAAACAACGGUGAUGAACGUCUCCCAUCUACUGUGGGUUCCCCUAGUAGCAGUAACAACAGCGGUGGUGAAAUUAACAAUAUGAAGGUGCAACUUUACAAGACUAAAGUUUGUCGCCAUUAUAUGCGUGGAAGUUGCAGGUAUGGAAGUCGCUGUACGUUUGCCCAUCAGCUGAGCGAACUUGGUGCUCGUCCAGACUUCUACAAGACUAAGAUGUGUGCUCGUCGUAACUGCAAGGACGCCAAUUGCCAGUAUGCUCAUUCGCCUGAAGAGCUGAGGUCCCCUUUUGGCAACAGCAGCCCACAAGUGUGUUUGGGUGCUCUCGAUGGGAGCUGUAAUGAUCCUAAUUGCAAGCUCUCUCAUAACAAGACCCAGGCUCAAGAGUCAAUUCUGGCUGGAGCCCUUGAACUCUCACGUCAAGGUCGGCUUGGUCAGAAUCAGCACACACAACAACAACAGCAGAUGAAUGGUGUACCGGCGGCAAGCCUCCAACGUAACAACAAUAGUAACCGUCUUGCCAGUCCGGUGUCGUCCUCUCUUCCUGCUGCUGCUGAUUCUAUGGCUAUUCCUUCAUGGUCGGUCCCAUCGCUGAUGCAGUCUGUUCCCAGUGGCCUUCCUGCUCAUGCCCCGACGAGUCACUCGAGCCCUCUAUUGAGUACCUCGAAGACUCGAUCAGUCCAGGGUCAACAGCAGGCUUCCCCUACUGUUACGCUCGACGGUGGUAACGGCCAGGUCAACAACCAACAGCCUGACUUAACCGACCCUAGUUUGCUGAAGGCGCUGGAGACUCUACUUGCAGUUAACGACCAGCAGUCAGCGUUCUCUGAGUCCCACUCAGGGACUAUGCCGAAUAGCUACACCCCUUACGGUUCCAAUACUACUGAUGCAUCCCUUCUUCCUGGCAAUUGGCCUGACUUCCCUCUCGCUGGCUCUGAGAGUGCUUCCUACUACCCCUCUACUGCUGUAUAUGGUACUUCGCAGAAGGCUAGUGAUAGCUUGUUGGGAAGUGCUACUAAUCAGGAGACGAUGUAG